UAUUUUUUAUUUUCUUAAAUUUUCAAUUCAUGCCUUUGCCUCACUCCAUGUGCCCAUUUUAGAAAUACUUCUACGGGAGCACCCUUUCUUCAAGUUCAACACGCAACACACUCCCAUCUCUACGCCCCCGCGCAAGUUAGCAUCACCAACACCAUUUUCACCAUGAAAACCCCCCUUCAGCUCCUCGUCGUCUUCCUAAUCGCCGCCGGAACUCACAAAUUCUACAGAUUUUCCGACGCGGCCCAGCGCCGUGUCCACAUACCGGACGAGCUGGACGACGUCGUCGACGACGAGGAGGGCGAGGACUGGAAAAAAUGGGGCAAGCCCAAGGCGCAGCCCGAUUUCGACCCGCCGCCGACGGACUUCUCCAAAAUGGGGCUCCAACAGAUGCAGGAAGAGAUGAUGAAGCGUCAGGUGGGGCCCGUUUUCGGGUUCGUCAAGCUCCGACCCGGAAAUCCUCGAACUCCGGACAUGGUAUCAGAAAUCGCCAUGAAAUGGACAAAAGUUGCAAGAACAGGAGCAAUUGAGUCGAGGUUCACUGGCGUUGAUGUCAGCACAAUCAUGUUCACCAUGCAAAAGGGCCACGACACAUUGGAGUUGAAAGAGUUCAUAUUGAGUCGACCGGAGGCUUAUGAGAUCAAAAUAGGCGAUCAACUGUUCAGAAGGCCCGGGGAUCCUUCGUUUGAAGAAGUUUUUCAGAAGCUCCAAGCAGAGAAAGCUAAUUCCAGAAAAGAUGAAAUUCAUAACGAGCUUUAGUCGUUUGCAUGACAGCCGUUUAUUAUAUCAACUUCAAUUGUAUGAUGUUUUUAUCUCUAAAAUGUUCUAUAUAUGUAUAUAAUAUAUAUGUGACUGGAUUUACCCAGUUGAUUUUGGUGCAUGUUUUUGCUUGUAAGAAGUGUUGGUGCAAGUGAAAAUUAUCAGGAUUAUUAUUAAAAAUCAUAUUUUCCCCAAAAUUGCAAACAAUCUCAUUGAUUCUUGUUUUCCUUUUACAGAUAGCAUCCUUAAGAGGCUGUAUGUGAUCUUUUUAAGGGUUUGCCUGUAAUUUUAAAAUAUAGCUGGG